CCUGUGGGGUCCUGAAUUGGGUCCUUGGUCAACGUGGGAGACGCGAAAAUGUGAAGUUGUUUUGAACUUGUCUGGAAUGUAUGUCGCCGGGAUAUGAUCGUUAAUGUAUCUUACAUAAAAUAGUGGCUGACGGGUUUCGGAAUCUGUCUUACCAUGAUGCCAGGGGACAGUCAGUCCAAAACGGUAGCGAUCGCCGCGGACGCGACGGUUGGAAACUGUCAAAACUGCUCUGUUUUGCACCAGAGCCUGAACGAGUAUGUAUCGUCAUUUCUGGCUCUGAAGCAGAAGAUAACGGUUUCAGAUGACUCAAUCCGGCUUCAACAGCAGCUGGAGGAGCUGCAGAUCAAAUUGGCUGCACUGGAGAAAAAGACAGCAGAUUAUGAAUGUGUUCGAGCAGAGCUGGAAGAAAAGAAGGAUGCUCUUAAAGCCUAUGGCCAGAUGUCUGAAGAGAUGGAAAAACUGAAGGAGGAAAACAGCAGGACAGCGACAGAGAAAAACAAGCUUGAAGACCAGCUGAAGGACAUUAAAGAACUGACGGAAACUCAGUCUCUAGAAAAUGCACAGCUGAAGAGGGAAAAGGCGGCGGUGGAAAACGAUUUGCUCCAAACACAGGCAUCUUUGAAGAAAUCUCAGGCACAAGCAGAUCGCGUUGAAAAGCUGAUAGAGGAGAACGCAACCACAACAAGCAUAAAGGAAAAGCUUGAAAAUAAAGUCGGACUGCUCAAAGACUCCGUUUCCAAGCAGAAUCAUCAAAUAUCCCAACUGACCAAAGAGAAGACCUUACUAGAGAGACACAUCGAUGACCUCCAGGUGAGACUGAUGAGGCUGGAAAGGGAAAGGAACAGAGAGUGCAGGAGCACAACAACUCAAGCAAGUGUACCUGAGGAGCCCAAAGUUGAUAAAGAAAAGUUUCGGAUGCUGCUUGAAAAUUUGUGGGCAUGUGUAGAACCUCAGCAGCACCACUCCGCAAACCUAUUGCAUCUACCUGAGUCCGCUUCCAAGCGAGUUCUACCCGCCUCGCCGCAAAGCAGACUGCACUCUCAUCCGGGUGACACGUCGCAGUCUGCCUCUCAGGAGAUCAGCGAAUCCCGCAGUCACCCAGUACAGACAAAAGCCACAUAUACACAGUUAAAGUCCUCCCCCCUGAAAGCCAUCAAGCAGCAAGCAUGUCUGCACCCAACGAUCGCCAAGAAGCCAGGGCGCUCUCCCAAAAAGAGCAAGCGAUUGUCCAAAGCGCACAAAGCUGAGGAGGCAUGUACGGACUUGGGUAGCUCUGAACUAUCUGUUGAGAAGAUACUGGAGAUGUUCACACCAAUGCUCUCCUGCAUAUCACCACUACCAGAUAUGAUGGAAACAAAGAUGGAAUCGAUGGAGACAGAUGCUGGAGGAGAGAAAAACCAUCCCACGCCCUCUGGUGACUCUGUUCUUCCUCAACACGACGAGCCCUCACUCAUCACAACAUCGGUCUCAAGCCACUCCCCAGAAUCUUCUGCCGUGUCAGUGGAGAAGAAUGUGGAGUCGCCAGCAGUCACAACGCAGGAGGUGGAAAACAAUUCCAGUGAAAAGGGCUCCAAAGACUUGAGACAAAAAGAGUUGAGUGACGUUAAUCAAACAGAGGACAAAAGCAAUACAAGUGCUGAAGAAACGCAUCCGGAAAAAGACUUGCAGACUGAGCAGGAGCCAGCAACUGUAGGCUUAGUCUCAGCAUCAUCAUCAGCUUCUUCUUCUUCUUCUUCUUCUUCACCCAAGCUGGAUACAACAGUUGUGAUAGAGGCUGUGUCAUUAAACCCUGAAAGUGAAAAGCCAUCCUGCAAUGUAAAUCCGACUAGCAUCUGUGACACUGAACAUGCUUUAGGAAACGCAAAGGCAGAUCUGUCAGAGACCAUUACAGAGAUGGAUGUAGACGCGAGCCCUGAUGAUGUUACUGGUGCUGAAACAAACACUUGUGAUGAUGGAGAGCUGCACAGAGGAAGUGAUAUGACUGCAGUCUCUGAGGAAGCAGGAGGUGUACAGCUAAUUACAACCUCCUCUAUUUCCCCAACAGUCACUGACUCUGUGAGAGACAGUGAUGCUCCAAAUCCAAAUGCAGAAAAAGGCUUGGAAAUGGGGAAAAGCCUCCAAGACUUUAGUGGUUUGGGACACGACAGCGAAGACUCAGCAGUCCCAAAGCAUCUGCAGAAUAAAGAGUGCGUCAGCGAGGACACAGACCUGCCUGAGGAUAACCCUAGUUCAUCAGGCAGCAGUGACGGCAUCAGUAGGGUCUCUAAUGAAAAUACUGCAGAGAGGCUCGACAGUGAUUCAUCCAUGAAACCUCUCAGGGAGGAAGAUGGGCAUCAAGUACAAGGAACUGAAGGAGCUGAUGUAAAAGAUUCUCCUUCCGGGUCAGAUGGUGAUAACAGACCUCUGUCUCCAUGCAAGUCUUCACCGUCAAAGAUGGAAGAUGGCGAGUCCCACGCUGACCAGGAAUCUGAUCAAGCAAUCGCUGAAACGCCUUCAAAAACGGAAGCUGAUAUAGAGACAUUGAACAGUGAAAUUCUAGCCCACCAUGUGCCAUCCCCCUCUGACAAAGACAAAGAGACAAAGACUGUUAACUGUGAAUCACUGAACAAAAAUACGCAUUCUGUCUGCAGGCAGUUGAGUCCUACAUGUCUGCUUCCCAGUGUAAAAUUGCACACCGUGGAAACUCGCCCAAGCCCAGUAAAACUGAACAUCAAUGGUAACUCUGGGUUUGUUUCAACCGACAAAAGAACUCUACAGCCUGUGCUGAAUGCAGAGGAAGGAGGCGUCAUUGAAAACACUACUGUAAAAGACUUGCCUCAGAACAGCUUAGAUGCAAACAACCAUAAAGUAAGCAAAUGUAAACUGGGCACUGUUAGUCCCAGUACAUCAUCACAGCAGAGUGAUGUUGCCACAGAUGGACGAAAUAAACGUUUGGAAACAUCUAGUCCAAGUCCACGUAAGAUCAGGGAGGAAGAGCCGAGCCCAACGGCAGAUUCAGCGACAGCUCAGCCACCACACGGCAUUGGCCACGUUCUUUCAGAAAUGGGCCCACCACUUCCUCGUCUCCUUACCCCUCUGAGCACACCUCCGAAGGUCGGCAAAUCAAUAAAUCCAAGGCAGGCUAUUGGGAAACUCUCGUUUCCUUCGCCCAUGGAGAGGCUGGCGUCCCCUACCACUCCAGUCCAGGCUCACUUGACACCAAACAGUCGACAUCUGAGGUCAACGUCUCUGAACAGUCCGCUCCCUCCCUCAUCACCCCUUCAGUUUGGCUCUGCCACUCCAAAGCAUGCCGUGCCAGUCCCGGGUCGCCUGCCUGUGACAGCGAUGAAUUCUUCCCCGUCGUCAUCCUCCAGUCCAUCUCAGGAAAACUCCAUGAGGAUUCUCGACACCAUGUACCCAGAGCUCUCCGCUCACGCCCGAACUCUGAACAUUCUCAGGGGGAAUGUCGGUCUCGGCAUCUGUUCGCCUGAGAGCAGAACAUUACCCACGACAGUAGUCAGUCAGAUGUCAGGCUUUAAAUCCAUUAACUCCUCUUCAACGGCCUUCACCAAGACUGAGACGAGGGGAGGAAAGAGACAGUCCAUCGGUCCGCCACAGCCUAAAAGCAGCAAAUGUCUCCGGUUAGAUGACUGCUCUCCCGCUUUCAGUCGUGAGCAGGUGCCCUCCUCCUCAUCACACAGAGGAGAGGAGACCACAACGCCGCCGUCUCCGAGGCUCACGCCGCAAACGAUGGAGGCACCCUCUCCGUCCAUGGAAGUCAGAGAACCUGCAGAGAAAAAUGCAGUGGUGAACAUUUUAAAGAAAAUCGAACACCAGCAUUUCGAUCUUUUGCCCGUGAUCCAGAGCCACAUGUAUGUCGGCAACCUGCCCAAAAAGCCCGUCUUGAGAGGCGAGGAGAAGGAGGUCAUCGAUGAGAUUUUGCGAAGCACUGUGCUAAAGGAGGAUGAUAUGAUUUUCGCCAUCCUGAACAAACUGAAAGCAGAGAACAGAGACCUCAGCCCAAACUACACGCAGGCCCUCUGCAGAGUCUACACAGCUAUUUGUAGACAGAGGAGAGACUGGGAGAAGGCUCACAUCCUCGCCUACAGCAUUCUCGCAGAAGAUUUCCCAGACUGCGCGAAGCUGAUUUUGUUCAUGGUGACAACAUGGCCCAGUGUUCUCUCACACCGUAGUUCUCUGUGCCAGGCAAUACAUGCUGUCACCAAACUGAAAGCGACAGAAGACCUCCGCCGCUGCCUUUCAGCAUUCCUUGGUUGGGAGAAGAGUCCUCCCUGUGACAUUGACGAGCUGAUCUCCAGAACGCUGUCUGAUGUCCGGUCAGGGCCAAGCCUGUCUUUCACUAAACACGGCCGGCUUGGAAACGACCUGGGCACCGAGGCUUGGGAACAUGUCUUCACCCUGCACCUCCUUUGUACGCACAAAAAGUGGAAGUGGACCUAUAACAAUGUUUUGAGCAAUGAGUUGUGGCCUUUGAUGAACACAUGGGUGACGCAGCCCAGAGAUCAACAAGCACCCGUCUCUGAUGUAACCGUUGCCACUGUGCUGCGACUCAUAGGACGCCUUGGUCAGUUGGGAAUCAAGGAGAGGUGUGUUUCCUCCGUGGUAACUGUCGCCAAUGUCAUCAACACGUUUGGCAGGCAUGGACAAGCAGAAGGCGUGCCAUGGGAGGUCCAGUUGGCAGCCAUCUACUGCAUUUACGAACUGUCUCCUUGCAACCCCAAGCAAGCCAUGGACGCCCUCGCAGGGUGGAGAGGGGACACAUCUCAGCGCGUCCCUCCUGCUGUUACCAGCUGCAUUAACCAGUUAGCCUCAGUCUGCAGACAGGUCCGGAGCUGAAAGAGACACUCGUGCUGUACAGAUGCACACGGACACCUGCGCGUCAGGAUGACUGAAAAUCCCACCGCACACCUCAAAGUUUAUUUUAACUUGCUGACUGGCUAUGAUGAAGCUUUUUUUUUUGUUUUUUUUUUUUUUUUACAAUUUAGGCACCUGAUUGGUCACAUCUGGGUUUUGUUGUUCCUAAUACUUGAGUAUGUGAAGGUUCACUGAAAGAGUUUCAGAUGUCUUUUAUGUGGUUUUUUUUUUCUUAUAUGUGCACUUCUACUUUGAAACCCACAUGUCUGAUUUUGUAGCAAUUGUUCCCUUUUUUUAUGUUAGACAUACCGACUUCCCCCUGUAAUGACCACUGUACUCAGGUAAUGCUCUAAAAAUACUGUAUAACAUGUACAUGUGUGUUCUGGCUGAAACUGUGGCACUGCUGUAAAUGUUUUGGGUUUUUUUUCAUUCAAGUGUUUGUAAAUAUGAGAUUUCAGCAUUUGUAUUCAUGAAAACUGAGAAUGCCACAGACAAAUGUGUUGUACAGUUUAAUGUUUCAGAGGAUAUUUAAUUUUUUCAAAUUAAAAUUUAUACAUAUUGAA